CUGCUCAUUGGCAACCAAUGGGAUUCACUCAGCGCUGCCCUGCAGUCCCUGGCCAGCCGGGGAGCGUUGACCUUUGUUGGGCCUUCGGACCGGGGAACUCCUGAAAUUCUUUCCCUGGUUGAUCCCUCCGUAAUAAUGAUGUCCCCGGGCUGCGACUCCGCUCACGCAUUUGCCACUGACGAAUUUUAUAGCGAUCCGGCUGACAUUCCUCCAGUGCUGGUCUGCGUUACCCUCGAAGAGCUGGAGAAUGAGACCUUUCUGUCGGACAGUGAGGAUUUCGACGACUUCCUGGUGGUGCCCUGCACACUGGCAGAGUUGGAGUGGCGGCUUCGGAGACUGGCUCGCAGGAAUGUUGCCACGGCCACCGGCGCAUUCCUGGAAGUAGGAAGAAUUACCCUGGAACCCAACGCUUACCAGGUGCGGCUGGCCGGCCGGGUGAUUCCCAUGGCAUGGAUGGAGUUCCAACUGCUCAAGUUCCUCAUGGAAAACGUGGGUCGGGUCUUUACGCGGGGAAUGUUGUUGUCCAGCGUCUGGGGUUUCGACAGCAUCGGGGGAACACGAACCGUAGAUGUGCACAUCCGCAAGCUGCGCAGCAAACUGGAAAUUCACGGCGAACAGUACUUCCGCACGGUCAAGAACGUCGGUUACGGCAUGGUAGACCCCGGUUAG